UGGUACCGACUCACGCAGGAUCCGUGGAUCCUUCAGACCGUCUCCGGCUUCCACCUAGACUUUACAGAGGAUCCAAUUCAGGUGUCCUUGCCUACCCCUCUCAAGAUGUCUCAAAUAGACGACAUGGCCCUUCAAGCCAAACUCGACGACCUAGUCAACAAGGGUGCCAUCAAACGGGCCCUCACCCAACGAGGUUUC